GAUAGGGGUGUCAACAGAUGAGGCCUGAGAAAUAGGCCAAGGCUCGCUCAGUUCUAGGAAGGGAGCCGUUGGAGGCAUUUAACGAGCAGGGGAGUGGUGUGAUGUGAGUGGUGCUUUAGAAGCCCCGCCUGGCUGCGCUGUCGGAAGGAAGCGGGGCAAGAGGGAGAUCAAGGAGGUCAUUUGAAAUGUUAAAAUGCGGCCGGCCGUUGCAUGUCGGUGUUUCUGCAGCGUACCCAUCGUGAGUUCUCAUGGUACCUCAGUCCUUGUGCAUAAGUCCCUGCACAUUUGUUCAACUCUGGUUCUUCAAGACCAAGUCCUCGGAGUGGAAUUGCUGGAAUAAAGGGCAUACAUAUUUAAAAUCCUGCUCCCUGUUGCUCAGCCGCAUUGCAGAAAGGUCCGUUCCAUUUUUGCUCCCAUCAACAGUGCGUGAGAGCAGCACCAACGCCGCUCAUGUCUCAGCCCUGCCAGUCUGGCAAAUGAAAAGGUGGAAAGGGCUCGAGUGUAGAGUGGAGGAGACGGGGCUCGAUGGCUGUUGGAGCGAAGAAGUCACGGGGAUCUUAGUUGGAGCUGAGGGUGUGACAUCACCGUUGAACACACACAUGGGAACCCCAGCUCUGUUUACACCACCUGCAGAGGUGGUCACCCCAGUCCUGUGCCGUGUACCCUCAGACCACAGCCAGAUGGCCACUCGUUCUGAUCCAGCAUGGCUGAAGAGAGAGCCAUGCACUGGGGCACAUCCCAAGGUUAGGAAUCACCAGUAUGAUUUGGCAGAGCCUGAGGGGGCUGGCUGGAGGAGUUGGAGUUGCCUAACUCCACGAAGAGAAACUUUGGAGAAACGCCGUAGUCCUCUUGAAUUAAUGGAAGAGCUGCCCUCUAGGAGAUAACGUAGACUUGAUUCGACAUUGCCCCCGAGGACAGAUAUGCAUUUAAAGGAAGGAUGGGAUUUUUGGCUCAACACGGAAAAGAUGGUUUUAAUAAUUAGCAUCGUUGAAAAUGGAAAAGUGUUCGAGCAUCAUAAAAUGCCAAUCUGUCUGGUACGCUGGGGGCUUUCUGUGCUGGGGGGAGGCUGGCUAGCAUCUCAGCUCCCUGCCAGAUCUGAGGUUCACUGAAGUGUACGGGUGCUUAGGGUAUGUAGAAAUGAGAAGCAUUCGUCCUUGAAAUAAAACCUGAGAGAAAAACAGAUGCAAGCCUUCUAAAGAAGAGACAGAAUUGCCCUCCCCUCCAGCCUUCCUGUCUGCAUUGGCCACACUCUGGGGGGGAAGAGGCCAUUACUCGCUCAUUUUGGUGGCACACCCCACUUCCUGUGAGCGUUCGGGAGGAAGUGGACAGUUAGUGUUGCCACUCCUGCUGUCAGAGCCCAGGGAAGAAGGGAAGGGGCCAGGUUACACGAUGUCUCAACUACACAUCAUAUCCAGCUUCAGAAACAGCUGAAGCCCCCAGACCCUGGCAGCCGGACUCUGGACUGAGUUGAGUUCAUGAACCUGCAGCUGUUGGUCACCAUGUUGCCGAAGGGACAGACUGGAAACUCCCCAAUCGGAGAUUGAACCCCAAAAGGGAGCAGCAUGCUGGAGCUUUGAACCUGAAGCUCCAAAGGGCUCAGCCGGAGAACUAGAGUGCCUUGAUGUGCUUGCCACCAAGCCCUCUGAGACUGCUUUGAUCUGGUCUCCUUUUUCUGCCUUUAGCAAUGAUGCAGCUCAAGGGCAGCCCAGAUUUUCAAAAGAAGACAGAGGCAGAACUGGGGGUGGAGAGUGAUCUCUUUCGUUUUCUUGACAUUGGGCUAGAGCUUGGUACCAGGUGCGAGGUCUUGGACCACAGUCAUUUGGAGAGGAAGUGUCCAGGGUCGGGCUGGAGCCCUGAGGUUCCUGCCAGUGAUCCAGAACACAGAUCGAAGGCUUGGCUUGAGGCAGUCUGGGGGGAGAGCCCAAACGCAACAGCAGGCACACUUGGGUCCAUCCUGGCUGUGAGGGCCCGGGCGUGUCAGCCUCUCCUCUUGCGCGGCCUCGUCUGCAGAGUGGGCAUGAGGAUCCGUAAAUCCCCACCAGGUCCUCGCUGUGUGCUUUCUGCUGUCCUUCCUCGUCCUCUGCUCUGUGGAAACCGCUUCCAACACACCCCAGAACUAGGUAAUAAAGGUGUAGCUUGAGUGAGUGAGUCCCUUCUGGUUGUCAGAGGUGGUUUGUGGCCUCCUGUUCAUGGGCACAGGUCACCUGUUGGCCGCAGAGAAGGCAUUUGUCUCUCACUUGAUGUUUUAGUGAUUAGUUGAGAGAGUUGGUGCUAACUUACAUCCCAUGGUAUUUUUCUUACUUCCUGAGUUUUUAGGUGCUUUAAAACAUUUUAUUUUUACAUUUCUAAAACUGAACUAUGCGAUACAAUAAAUAAUCAACCUUGCUAGCCUUUUCCUUUUUCCUUCUAAACACUGAUAGUAAGUCAUGUUCUCUAAAUCCCAAUCAGCUUGGAAUAGAGAGGGUACUUAGAAUGAGGCUCUUGGUUCCCAAGACCUUUCCUGGGGCUUUAGAUGGCCAGGAAGUAGUAAUAAAGCAUUCUUCCCUGAUAAUCUCAGCAAAAAAUUAGGUGGGCAUGGGCUUGGUGGUUCUCUUCCAUUUUCUCCUUUAGGUUUUCCUGCUCCACCACACUGACCUGCCCUCCACUCCCCACCCCGAGCCCCCCAACCUGGAGAACAGAGGUUUGGCCUGAGGCCGGUCCCCUCCAGGGCAAGGCCACAUCCCACCCACUGGUGGCUUUGCUGGGCUGGUGCUUUGUGAGCCGGGGCAGAUAGGGCUGGUGUGGGGGCCCUCUGCCUCCUAAAAUAUGUCUGUAGAAUGGAAUAGGAGAUGCCCAGGGUCUGAGCCCCGCACACCCGUGGGUAGCACAGGGCAGGAUUGUCAGGGAGGAAAGGACUUAUCGCAACUGUCUCUUUGCACCAUUGGCCCACGCACCUGAAUUGUCCUGCUUGCCAAUUACAGGCUUCUUAGCCUUGUCAACCCUGGCCUUUCCCCUCUAAAGAAGGAGCUGAGCUGAGUUGCGCUUCUUUCUGGAAGUGUGACAGGACCGCCUGGAAGUGGGACUGAACGCCUUGCAGUCUCUCCCCUUUCCUGUGUACUUCCCAGUGAGAUAAUCCAAUGAAAGAGUUCUUUCUAAGAAACUGAGACUUUGUUCCUACAUCUGGCACAGUUUAACCCCCAAAGACUAUGAUGGUGAUGACGAUUGUCAUUAGGAAAACCAAACUUUUUAUGUCACAAAGGAAGGAAAUUGAGACUGACCAUCUUUUUUGUAAUACCUCUCCCUCCUUAUGGGCCUUGGGACCGUGUACUUAGGGUGUUUGCUUUAGAACGUUCCAGUAAGGCCACUUAAAUCAGGCCACCCAUUAAGCUUUCUUUGCAGAGCAGACAGACAGACUGUAUGUAAUGCUUUCUCACACGUGUGUUCCCGGCCCUGCAGAUGUCAGGGUCGCGGCGUGCAGCUUACUCAUUGCCUUGCCCCCGCUCCGCGCACCAUCUGUAAAUCCGUGUAACACCGUGAACAACACGGAAAGCCUUUCAGGUUCACUCCAGACAGGGGCUGCGUUAGCACUUGUCAGAUUUGACCCCCAGCGUGCCUCCUCCGAAAACAGAGGAGAGCAAGCACGUAGUGCCGGCGUGUGCGAGACAUAUGAAGAUUCACGAGAAGGACCCUAACAGUGCUACAGCUACGGCCCCCCCAUCCCCACUGAAGCGUCGGCGGCUGCCCUCCAAGAGGAAACUGAGUCACGAUGCCGAGUCAGAAAAAGAAGACCCAGCACCUGCUAAAAAGAUGGUGGAAGAUGGGCAGCCGGGGGACUUGGAGAAAGCUGAAGAAGUGUUUCACUGCCCCAUAUGCUUUAAGGAGUUCGUUUGCAAGUACGGACUGGAGACCCACAUGGAAACCCACUCAGAUAACCCACUAAGAUGUGACAUUUGCUGCGUUACCUUUCGAACACACCGAGGAUUGCUGCGCCACAACGCACUCGUCCACAAACAACUUCCCAGGGACGCGAUGGGAAGGCCUUUCAUUCAGAACAACCCUUCCAUUCCUGCUGGCUUCCAUGACUUAGGUUUCACUGACUUCUCCUGUCGGAAGUUUCCUCGAAUUUCUCAGGCCUGGUGUGAGACAAACCUGCGAAGGUGCAUCAGUGAUCAGCACCGUUUCGUCUGCGAGACCUGCGACAAGGCGUUCCCCAUGCGCUCCUCCCUCGCCCUGCACAGGCAGACCCACGUCGCCGCGGACCAGGGACGGGAAAGGCUGCAGGCCAGGACCCUGCCCGGUGACGCCCCGGACCAGAAGGUCUUCCUGGCCUUCCUGGGCCUGCAGCACACCAAAGACGUCAGGCCUGCCCCCGCUGAGGAGCCGUUGCCGGAUGACAACCAAGCAAUACAGCUCCAGACACUCAGAUGUCAGCUACCUCAGGACCCCGGCUGCACCAGCAUGCUGAGUUUAUCUCCUUUCGAAGCUGCUUCCCUGGGCGGCUCUCUCACGGUCCUCCCGGCUACCAAGGAGAACAUGAAGCACCUGUCCCUGCAGCCCUUCCAGAAGGGCUUCAUCAUCCAGCCUGACAGCAGCAUCGUGGUCAAGCCCAUCUCCGGCGAGUCCGCCAUCGAGCUGGCCGACAUCCAGCAGAUUCUGAAGAUGGCAGCCUCUGCUCCCCCGCAGAUCAGUCUUCCGCCUCUGUCCAAGGCCCCCGCCGCCCCUCUGCAGGCCAUCUUCAAACACAUGCCCCCUCUGAAGCCAAAGCCCCUGGUCACCCCGCGGACGGUGGUGGCCACGUCCACGCCCCCGCCUCUCCUCAAUGCCCAGCAGGCCUCCCCCGGCUGCAUCAGCCCCAGCCUCCCCCCACCACCCCUGAAGCUCCUCAAAAGCCCCAUGGAGGCAGCUUCCAGUGCCCACCUGCUGCCGUCCCAGGCGGGAGCCCAGCCAGACACCGCCGCGCAGCUCUUCCUGCAGCAGCCACGGGCGGACCUGCCGGGCCAGGCCGAGAUGAAGACACAGCUGGAACAAGACAGCAUCAUCGAGGCCCUGCUGCCCCUGAGCAUGGAGGCCAAGAUCAAGCAGGAGAUAACGGAGGGGGACCUCAAGGCCAUCAUGACGGGGCCCGGUGGCAAGAAGACGCCAGCCAUGCGCAAGGUGCUCUACCCCUGCCGCUUCUGCAACCAGGUGUUCGCCUUCUCCGGGGUGCUGCGCGCGCACGUGCGCUCCCACCUGGGCAUCUCGCCGUACCAGUGCAACAUCUGCGACUACAUCGCCGCCGACAAGGCCGCGCUCAUCCGCCACCUACGCACGCACAGCGGCGAGCGGCCCUACAUCUGCAAGAUCUGCCACUACCCCUUCACCGUCAAGGCCAACUGCGAGCGGCACCUGCGCAAGAAGCACCUCAAGGCCACGCGCAAGGACAUCGAGAAGAACAUCGAGUACGUGACCAGCAGCGCCGCGGAGAUGGUGGAUGCCUUCUGCGCCCCGGACACGGUGUGCCGGCUGUGCGGCGAGGACCUGAAGCACUACCGCGCGCUGCGGAUCCACAUGCGCACACACUGCGGCCGCGGCCUGGGCGGCUGCCCCAAGGGCCGCAAGCCCUUUGAGUGCAAGGAGUGCAGUGCCGCCUUCUCAGCCAAGCGCAACUGCGUCCACCACAUCCUCAAGCAGCACCUGCACGUGCCCGAGCACGACAUCGAGAGCUACGUCCUGGCGGCCGAUGGCCUGAGCCAUGCUGACGCGGCUGCCGAGGCCGCAGGGAGGAUGGAGGACGGUGGCGGGACCUUCAGCGACCGGAAGCCCCUGGCUGCCUUCCUGGAGCCGCAGAACGGCUUUCUUCACGGGGCGCCGCAGCCGCUGCCACCCCACAUCUCCGUCAAGCUGGAGCCCGCCGGCAACUUCCCGGUGGACUUCAACGAGCCCCUGGACUUUUCCCAGAAGGGCCUGGCCCUGGUCCAGGUGAAGCAGGAGAACAUCGCUGGCUUCCUGAGCCCCUCCUCCUCGGCGCCCUAUGACUGCUCCCUGGAGCCCAUCGACCUGUCCAUCCCCAAGAACUUCAGGAAAGGAGACAAGGAUACCACCGCUCCCGGGGAAGCCAAGAAACCAGAGCAGGAACCAGGGAACGGCGAGCAGCCCACUCCCUGUCCUCCGCCGUGCCCUACCCUGCCAGUGACCUUGGGGCCCAGCGGGAUCCUGGAAAAGCCGGGGGCCUCUGCAGCCAACAUUCUGGAAGCCCAAGCUCAGCCCUUGCAGGGCUCAGUUCAGCUUGCUGUCCCCAUCUACUCCUCCGCUCUGGUCAACAGCCCCCCCAUCUUGGGCAGUUCCACGCUCAUCAGCAGCCCUGCACUGCUGCGGCCGCUGCGCCCCAAGCCCCCACUGCUCUUGCCAAAGCCCCCCGUGACAGAAGAGCUGCCCCCGCUGGCCUCCAUCGCCCAGAUCAUCUCAUCGGUGUCCUCAGCCCCCACCUUGCUGAAAGCGAAGGUGGCCGACCUGGGGCCCACGAGCACGGGCAGUAACAGCACAGCCCCCGAUGGCUUGGGGAGCACUGUCCCCAGAGCUGCCGCUGCCCCCGCCAACACCACCAGCCCAAAAGAAUCCAGCGACCCAUCCCCUCCUGCCAACAGCCCGGAGGCGGCCUCACCCACCGAGCAGGGGCCAGUGGGCUUGUCCAAGAAGAGGGGUCGGAAAAAGGGCAUGAGGAGCCGGCCCCGCUCCAGCAGCGGUGGGGUGGACCUGGACUCCAGCGGGGAAUUUGCCAGCAUCGAGAAGAUGCUGGCCACGACGGAUACCAACAAGUUCAGUCCGUUUCUACAGACCGCAGAGGACGAUUCUCAGGAUGAGGUGGCUGGGGCCCCCGCGGACCCCCACGGGCCCAGUGACGAGGAGCAGGGCAGCCCUCCUGAAGACAAGCUGCUGAGGGCCAAGCGGAACUCCUACGCCAACUGCCUGCAGAAGAUCAACUGUCCCCACUGCCCCCGGGUCUUCCCCUGGGCCAGCUCCCUCCAGAGGCACAUGCUCACGCACACUGGUCAGAAACCCUUCCCUUGUCAAAAAUGCGAUGCCUUCUUUUCUACCAAAUCUAACUGUGAACGCCACCAGUUGCGCAAACACGGAGUUACCAACUGUUCCCUGAGAAGAAACGGGCUUAUCCCCCAGUCAAAAGAGAGUGAUGUUGGACCCCAUGAUAGCACAGAUAGCCAGUCGGACGCAGAGACACCAGCGGCAGGCGGUGAAGUGCUGGACCUCACCUCCCGCGAGAAAGAGCAGCCUGCGGCCGAGGGAGCCCCUGCGCCCGACCAGGUCCAGGAGGAGCUCCCCGCAGAGGAAGUGCCGCAGGGCCCGGCCGCACUGCCUGGGGUGGGGGACGAGCAGGACGUGGGGGAGAGCCAGGAGCAUGAGGACAAGCACGGCGUGGAGGAGAGGGAUGAGGACGCAGACGGCCCGGAGGAAGACACCGUGAGCAACAAGAGCCUGGACCUCAACCUCGCCAGCCGGCUGAUGGGCUUCAAGCUGGCCGAGGGCGACGCGGGCGCCGCAGGCAGCGGGGGCCCCACCCAGCAGGACCAGAAGCACUCCUGCGACGUCUGCGGCAAGAGCUUCAAGUUCCAGGGGACCCUGAGCCGCCACAGGAAGGCCCACGGCCGCGAGGAGCCCCGGGAGGAUGGCCCGGGCACCAGCGGAGCAGGGGCUGCCGAGGACCCGCUGCCCGGCCCGGCCGCUGCCCCCGCGCCCGAGCCGGAGGAGAAGCCCGCCCACCCCUCGGAGGAGCCCCCCGCGGAGGGGGUGACCUCGUCGUCAUCAGAAGCCUCAGGGGACAGGCAGGGCGAGGAGGCGGAGGGCACCUCGGACGGGGAGAGCGUGGCCGAGAAGAAGUCCUCGGAGAAGAGUGACGACGACAAGAAGCCAAAGACAGACUCCCCGAGAAGCGCGGCCAGCAAGGCCGACAAGAGGAAGAAGGUGUGCAGCGUGUGCAACAAGAGGUUCUGGUCCCUGCAGGACCUGACGCGGCACAUGAGGUCCCACACAGGAGAAAGGCCAUACAAGUGUCAGACCUGUGAGCGAACCUUCACCCUGAAGCAUAGCCUGGUUCGCCAUCAGCGGGUCCACCAGAAAGCCAGGCACGCCAAGCAGCACGGGAAGGACAGCGACAAGGAGGAGCGGGGUGAGGAGGACAGUGAGAGCGAGUCCACCCACAGCGGCAACAACCCCGUCUCAGAAAACGAGGCUGACUCGGGUCCACCGGCCAGCAACCACGUGGCUGUCACCCGGAGCCGAAAGGAGAGCCUGGCCAGUGCCACCAAGGAUCUCAGCCGCAGGGAGGAACGGGCAGCAGGUCGGACGGCGGGUGCCUGCCAGGCUGAAGCUGGCAGGAGUGCUCCCAAGGCCGCUCCAGGGGGCAGCCCCAAGGGGCAAGCGUCUCUGGGUGACCCUGACCCAGAGAGCCCGGCGGCCCUCGUGGAGGCCCUGCCAGAGCUACAAGGCAAGGGGCCCGCCCACCCCAUCCUGGCCGCGGACGGUGCCUCGCCACUCCUGGGGAUAGAAUGACAGCCCAUCACGUCCCCCCACCAGCACACAGACGAAAGCCAGCAGAGCAAAGUGUCCUGAAUCUGUAUUUCAUGAGGUUUCCUCAGUGCCCUUCAGCUGUCGGGGAGUGAGAGAGAGAGACAGACAGACGGACGAGAGGGAGUGGGCCGUCUUGGCCGGUGCCAUAGCCUUACAUCUCCGUGCAAGAGACUCCGCACGCACACUUCCGGUGCCUUAAGUACUCACCAGUCCUUCAGUGUCAGCCUGGGCGUGUGUGUCCCCAAAAUGACUUUUUGAAACAAACAAAGCAUAUAUUUUAAUGAAUUUCUUGGAGAGGACCUUUUCAUUUAAGCAUUAACGUUACCUUCUGUAUUGGUGUGUGUGAGCUUGUUCUUGCAAAUCUGUGAUAGUAACGUACGUUCUGUGAGCUGGAAACAGAAGAAAAAAAUUUGUCCUUGGAUACCCAUAACCAAUAACUGGAAGAAGAUGAUGUGAAUUUCAUGUAAAUUGCCAGAGGAUAUGUGGAUAAGAUGUUCCUUUUUUCUCAAAUAGACCUUUUUCUCGUUCUGUUUGCUACAUGGUGGAGCUGUAAUUUGGGCCUCCAUAUGGCGGGAUGUGGUUGAUGAAGGUUUCCAGUUGGGCGCCAGCCAGAACCGGGGAAGAUUCUAGCCUCAACUUUGUACGUGUUUUCAGCGUUAGACAUGGUAUUACUGUUCAAGUUUCAAGACCUCUGUUCUUAACUUCCAGAGGAGAGUUACGCUGGCAACUUUAACCUAUGGAGAACGUGCACAGAUGUCCUGUAUCUGAUUUCCCCCAUGUUUGGUAUAUGUAUUAUUAAUAUUAAUAUUAUUAUUAUUAUUAUUUCAUCAGUUUGCUGGUCUCUGCAGUCAGCAGAAACAAAUGGGCAAUAUUUGUCCGGGGAGACCUGGGCUGCCCCUGGGUCCCCGUGUGGGCAUCUGCCCGCAGCUUUCCUUGGCCCCCCACCCCCGGGUGGUAGCUCUUCUACUGUACUUAGACAAGCCUUUCUUCCGUGACUGCAGAAUCCAGCGGGGGCCGGGAGCGGUCCUCCCGCACGGGCCGGCCGGAGAGCAGCUCAGAGAGGGGAGAGCGAGGGGGCACAUGCCCGGGGCUUCCAAGGAAGCCAGGCAGCAAGGAGACCCUUCCCUCCCCGGUCUCCCUGCCAAACUGGGCUGAAGCCUUACCCGCCUGUGCUACUGUCGUUUGCAAAGCGAGGAAGUACUUCUACUACUACUGGUAAUAAAACUGCACGUGCAAGAUUGGAAGAUGAAAAAUAGAUUUGUAUUUACCUUCCUGUGACGUGGGGUUGGUGCUUGAAGCGAAACAUGCUAUUUCUGGUGUUCCUGAAAUAGCGUGAACCCUGGGUGCGAAAAGGCAGGACUUUUUUUUUUUUUUCCCACGAGCAUCCCAUGUGGGCCAUAGAAUUCCCUCACUGUAGCCGCCAGCAGUGAUGAGAGACGUUUCCCUACUGUAGCUGAUUUUGUGUUCAGUGUCCUGCCCCUCCGCCAAGACCUCUAGGGCGCCCGACCCACUAGCCCUCCCCUGGCCACCCCCUCCCCCCGCACCCCAGCCCCUUCUGGCCCCCGAGGAGUCUUCCCCCUCCGCUUCCACUCACCAACGCAGACACACACACCUUUUUCUCCCCCGCUUCCUUCCCAACUCCUCCAUUUUUUGGGGCCAAAAUCCCAACUGCCCAGACUUCAAAGGAAGCUAUUUUUCUCUUGGGAUUAUUACUUGUGAUCUCUUUGCAUGUGAAAGGGAAAAGGUGGAGGUAUCUAUGACUUGUAACUGUACUGGGAAUGCCUGAACCCGAGGUGUGACUGACUCUAGAGGGCGACAGAUCAGAACCAAGGAUCUCCCGUUACCCCUUCACACCCAGUGUGGUUUGCGUAGUUCCAAUGCCUGUUCACGCAUCCCUUCAUUUUUUUUUUUUUUAAAUGACCAUUGUUAUUGUUACCGUUGUUGUCACUAUUUGGGGUAUCUCGUGUUUUGUUUCUCUCUGCAACUCUCCACACUAAAACUCACGACUCUGUGGAGGGAAGCCAUGACUGAGCGCUACGCUGCGGUGAGAUGUAGCAGGAAUGGGCCUGGCCGCGCAGCCGGGGGCCACAGCUCGCAAUAAUCACUAUUGAUUUAAAGCUUUAUUUAGCCUCCAUCUGUACCCUCGUAGUCGAUAAGGUCUUGCCACAUUUUAUUAGUGAGAUUGAGAAGUGUAUUAUUUGUUUGUUUUGCUCUCCCCUCCCCCAAUAUUAAACUGUGAAAUUUGUGAUUUGUUUAAACUCUGGGUGAAUCAUAGUUUAGUUUGCAUGUCCAGUUAAUUUGUUUCUAUACAAUUUGUUUGAUUCUCUUUCUCCUUCUCUCAGGGCUUUUACAAAAAAAAAAAAUAGUAUAUAUAUAUAUAUAUAUAUAUAUAUCUCCAUAUAUAUAUAUGGAUCUUCUGAAAAGUUUUUUGAGGUGCAAGUUUUUCUCUUGUUUUUCUCUUUGAUUUAUGGACACAAUGCUGAGAUUCAAUCACUACAUGAAACUCCCGGCUGUGAAAACAGAAUAUAAAACCUAGGGCUGUUUCCCACACGGCCCUGGGGGGAAGCUAUGCGACAGUCGGGGGCCGCUUUCAGAAAGAUGCACCAUCCCUUCCACCUGUCCGUCUCUGUCCUCUCUUUCUUCAAGAAGGAAGUUGAUCCCAGUGAUUUCAGCCCAUGCAUUAAACAGGAAACAAUAAUAAAUGUGUAGAAUUCAUAUUUUUCUAAAGGGAACUUAACUGCUGCUCCGUGUUAUGUACAAAACCGGUUUAUGCCACAGGAACAGAAUCACAAGUUUGGUUUUGGUACUUUUUGUUCCUCUUUGUAUUCAGUUGUAUAGUACUUCCAAAUUCAGAAUGAGAAGAAAAGCUGUUCUGUAUCAAACCAUCUAAGCAAUAAAUGUUAUAUUUUAAAAAUGGCAGAUUGCCGGUCA